ACCUUCAACAACAACAAGAGCAUGGAAGGUGGUGCACGUCAGGUGCUCGCGUUAUAUAAAACUCUCUUGAGGGAGAGUCAAAAGUUUCCUUCUUAUAAUUACAGAGAGUAUGCUCUACGAAGAAUUCGUGAUGGCUUCAAGGCGGCAAAAAGUAUCACAAAUGAAGAAGAUCGACAAAGAGAAAUACAAAUUGCUAAAGAAUCAUUAGAAGUUAUUAAAAGACAAGUUGUGAUUGGACAGCUUUACAGACCUCCAACAUUGAUAAUUGAAAAAUAGGUUAAUAUUAUUUGUUUAGUAGGACAAUCGAGUAAUUAUAUGUUAAUGUGUCAGUAAACAGUACCAGUAGCUUAAUAUUGAAACACUAUAUGUGAUAGAAGGUUGACAUGUAUAAGAUUGUAACAGGAUAACAAAAAUAAUUUAAUAAAAUAGUAUAUUCUGUCUUCAUUAGAUUGCCACCAGGACCAUUUACCUGAGUGACAUUAUUAUAAUCAGAGUUAAAGAUAACUAUUGUAAAGUUUACAAAGUAAUUUUAAUAUUCUGAAGCUUUUAUAGAUUAAUGGGCUGGGGUCUGACAUUACUCAGAUGAAUGCUACCUAAUACAUUUAUUAUUCUGUUAUAUUUUUUAUAGCUUACAUGAAACAUCUUUUCGGUGUAAAACUUGUUAUACUUUAUUGUACAGGGGAUCCCCGAUUUAUGAACACCUGAGUUAUGAUGAUCUACAUUUAUGAAUGGGGUUCAAAAGACAUGAUAUUGAGAAAAUAAUUGUUUUAUCAGUGCCAGUUUGCAGUUAUGAACACAUGGGAUACAAUUAUCCUUUGUGUGGUAUUAUCAUUUUCUAUAUAAUAGGUUCAAGUUUAAACACUGUUUAAACUUGAAGUUUAAACACUGGGAACACAACUACUUCAUAAGUGCAACCACUAAGAACUCAACUCGUUAGUAUGUGUAGGAGCCCCUGGAUAGUUGAAUUCCCAAUUUCAUGAAGGUUACAUUCCUGGAGGCCUUGUGAAUCUUGAAUUCUCAAAUACUAAUACAAAAAUUCUCUUUGAAUACUAAAUUUUAUUUUAGAGUACUAAAUUUUAUUUUAUGUUGCAGAGCCUAUAGCUCUUUAAGUAUCACUCUUAUCUGAUUAACAUUGACAUUCAUAGAAAAAGUGUUACAGUAAACAUAGGGAAAGCCAUUGAGCACAUUUUGAAGAAAAUUCUUUGGGUAAUUUUCAACUUGGGGUUAUGUGGUAAGCUAAGAAAAUGGGCACCUCCAAAAGAAAUUGUAUAUAUUCAAAGCCAUUUGUGAGAUACCCUUCAGUUAAAACAUAUACUCCAGUUUCACGAAUUUUGAAGUUCAUGAAUGUGGGGUUUCAACUGUACUUUGUACUAGAGUUUAUAGUAAACUUCACUAAUGAGAUUUUAAUAUAUUAAAAGAAUUCUUGUGCCUUAAAUGCAUACCAUAGUAACAAUAUGUUGGAUUGGUACAUUUUAAGCUUAAUUGUUCUUAACUAUGCUCAAACACUAUUGAGGUCUCAUACUUGUUAAACGUUGUGUAUAUUGAUGAAGUGUUACAAUUAAACCUCAGAUGAACCAGUUGCUCACAGAAAUGUAUAUUACAGUAUAAUGCUAAUCUAUGUACACUUGUACAUCAUUUAAGAAACAGUCAAGUAGCGUGAAAUUGUGAGCGUGUUCAUGCAACGUUUACAUUGAAGAUACCCCUACAUGAUAUUUAAUUAAACAAUUUUCAGGGAACACAGCAUUAAGUUUCUUGUAAUUUGAAUUGAUUUAGAUGAAAUAUUCAUUUUCUUACCAGUUUUAAAAGCAACUGAUGAUAUUUUUAAGAUAAAUUUUCAUUUGGGUGUAUAUAGUGGAUAUAUUUCUUAUUUAAUAAAAUUUGAGAUUACA